AUUAUUUUACACAUUCACAGAUCUGAUUAUGCGCACACAGAUUGAGAUACAGCUACACAACUCUCCACACACAUUUGUAUAUAGUUUUGCUACAAUAAUAGCUCCAUAAGCAUCAAAACAUUUUAAACAUUUAGAAUUGAAACUGGUAAUUGAUAAGAACCAGAAUUGAUAAACCGAAUCGGAAUUGAUCAAAUUCAAACGAUACCCAACCCUAGGCCAAACUAAAAAAUAUGUUUCAACAACCGUCAGUUUGGGCCUUCCCUUCACUGUGUACCACUUACAGCAGAUUUUUAUAUCUACAAAUAACACUCAAGGCCUCUCAGUCUAAAUUAAUGGAAAUACCACUGCUGGUUUUUACUCCACAUGCAGUCAGUGCUACACUCUGUUGUUGCUCUUCUAAAACAAGACCCUCAGCCUUUCUGUCAGCCUUGUCACACACGACAGACAGCCUGUCAGCAACUGGCUUUGGUGCCACAUCUGGAAAGUUAUUUCCCAUCUCUGCUCAGCUCUCCCACACUGCCAAAAACACCCUCAGACAAAUGUUAGUAGUCUUGGCCCUGACUGAAGGUUUGUUCAGAGAGGAUCACCUCGCCAUCACUGCAAUGACCAAAUAAGAAUGCUAUGGUGGUGUGCAAUGAGAGACUGUAUUUCUUUACCUAAUUCUAAGGUGUAUGGAGAAGGGAAGUAGUCCAGCAACACUAGUAUGAAGUACCACUUCAUCUUAGGACAAGCUCGUUUUGGCCUUCAUUAGGGUCACCCAGUUGUCAGAAAACACCAGUAUAAAUUGUUAUUAGUUGAUAGGUCCUCAUUCAUUCUCCCUGGAAAUAUAAACUUGUCAGGUAAAACAUCCAAAAAGUGUCUCUCUUUAGUUCUGAGAAAAUUUACAUUGCCACCUCUUUUGGCUGGGUGUAAUCACUUCAUGCCAAUGACCUUGAUGUAUAAAUGUGGUGGUAAUAAAAUGAUACACAAAUGUAGCUAGAGGAUUGACCUCUCAUGAUGGUGUGCAAUGACAGGAAGGCAUGCCACACUUUUUUGGAAGAGUACUCCACAGAUUUAGCAUUGCACUCGUAUAACAUUGUCAGACUCAUAAUGGAAAACAUUAUUCAAACGAAUGCAUCACAACCAGAGUAAGGAUGCACAAUAUAGAGUUUUUUCAACAGGUACAAUAUCCAAAGAUUAGCUGCUUCUCAUGGCCGAUACUAAUAAGCUAACUGAUCAUUUCCCAUUUUGGGUUUUUUUAAAAAGAAGUUCACAACCUGUAGUUUCACUCACUUGGUAUGAAAGGUGAGAUGUAGUAAGCAGAGAUGGAUGCUUUAGUAUUCCAUAGCUCUGACCAAACCAAAUCUAAGACAUCACUAUUGUUAACACAACAACAAACAAAAGUUCAUCAAAAACUUGACAAAUAUAUAGCUUUCAUAGAACAUGAAGGCUUUCAAUUGUUUGGCAUAAGAAUUAAAAAAUUAUGAUGAAUGAGCCCCCACAGUCUGCGUGUGUCAGGGUGUGCUGCGACCGUGUCAUGUGCUACCGUGUCAGACAUACACCCCAGCAUGCAAAUUUCAUGGAAAUCAUAUCAUUAUUGCCAUAUAAGACUUACUUCCUGUUCUGUAAUUAUGAUUGAAUAUUGUUAUGUGUGUAUGUGACCUCAAGCAUAGAUGAGGUUUGGUAAUUAAGUGAUAGCACUUGAGGACAUUUAUCAGACUUCUCACAGAAUGCUUAAUACAACCUUUUUCACAUAUGUUGAAGUACUCUCCAACACAGAAAACGUCAAGAUUUACAUUCUUGAUAGUCACUCCUACUUCCUACAGAAUACACACUUGUCCUGUCAAAAGGCUGAACUGUACUUGAUUGUAUAUAACAUUUCCCACAAAAUCAAGCCAGCAAGGGAAUAUGAACAGAGAGCAAUAAACAACAUACAUUCUCUGCAAGUAGUGAAUGGCCAUCAGAUGCAAAACCACCCAAAUUACCCUUAAAAUCCGUAAACCAUGUGCUGCCCAAUAGAAGCAUCAGAAAGAAAUUACCCCUUGCAGAUCCAGCGCCAGGUUUCCCAUGGAUGCCAAAGUUGAGAUUACUUUUUUUCCCUGAAAGAUCAUAAGGGGUGUAAUGAGAAACAUGCUGGGAUUUCAGCAUUUAAUAAUAAUCCUGACAUGACAAAAACCAAUUCAGUGCAUAAUAAUUGACCUACAGUUUGAUAUGGAGCCAUAAUGCUAACCUGACACAAAUACAUUUCUGUUUACAAUUUGGCAUAUAAGACAAUUCUUUAACUCUUUAUCAAGGUCUUGAAUAGAGUGGGGGCAAUGUUUUUGAACUAAAUAAAAAAUAGUCUCUUGCCACUCAUCUAUGAAUUUCAAUUCAAUUCAAUUCAAUUUUAUUUGUAUAGCGCCAAUUCAUAACAGCAGUUAUCUCAGGACACUUUUCAAUUGGAGCAAACUAGACCAAACUCCUUAUAGCAUUAUUUACAGAGACCCAACAGUUCCCACCAUGGGCAAGUACUUGGCGAUGGCGGCAAGGAAAAACUUCCUUUUAAAAGGCAGAAACCUAGGACAGACCCCUUGGCUCUUCUUCUUCUUUUUAAAUGCCAGCUGGAUGGUGGGCUUUAUUUUGAUGAAGCAUGCCUCGCUCACUACAAUUAAUCCCAAUAAUGCUGAUUGUGCAUCACCAGUGACAGCAAGUGGCAUAGUCUCCAUAUAUGGUAAAUGUGAAAGUGCUGUCUCAAGGUGAAACUUUUAAAGGACAAGGGAGGCAGAAUGCAGCGUCUGCUUGAAUUGAAUAUUACGGCCCUGUAACACUGUAAGAUUGUGAAAGAUUUUUUCCCCCAGAAACAGCCAAGUAGGGAUCUUUGCUUAAAUCCUGGUGGCAUGAGUGGUGUAGUUUGGAGCUUGAAGUAAUUACUACUUCAAAUAAAAACUAAUGAUGUAAAGAGGUGCACAGAGGUCAUCCAGGGCAGGCCUGGCACCUUAAUGCACACCCAUAGCGCCAGGUUUCUCCAGCCUCUCUGCUGCCUGGAUGAUUCUCACUCAUAUUUUCAUCCUUCAAGGUGAUUGAUGUCUGUGUUGUGUCUGAGAUGCUUUCCUGACUCCCUUUCCAUAUUCAUUUUAAAGCUUCCAUGCAUGUGGUUAGCCAGCAACCUUAAGUCCAAACUUGGGCAGCAUGGCUUCUAUCCAGCUCUCUUCUCAUUGAGCAACGGGCCCGCUGUUGAUGGGCUGAUCCGGUUUUCUGAUUAUUGCAGGCCAUUUCUGUGGUAGCCUGGGUAAUACUUGUUUCAAAUAAAGCAAUAAAGCCGUAAACAGAUUGAAUAAAAACAGAGAGGUUUGAAGGAGCUAGCUUUUCCCGGCCGCAGCAUAUUCUGAAUCUUACAAUCAGACACAAGAUGUUUUCAGCAACAAAGCUGAAAACAAUGUAGCAAGUUUUGAAGGAGCUAGUGGUUGAUGCAUCUGCAUGCGCAGCCGUUGUCAUGACACUUCCCAUCCGCAACUAAUCAUAAUGUUCAUUUUUAUGAUUGGUCUGCAGAUUAAUGUUGCAUGAUUUCAUCCAACACAACUUUGAUGCAUGUGCAUAUUGGUGGUCUUGGUCAGAGUUAGUCCUUUGACAGUUUAUUGUGACAAGCCUAUUUUCUAGUGUUUGAUCUGAUUAAAACUUGUUAGUCGGGGUUAACCUCAUUAAAGACCUGUUAGUUAAGACCAAAUGAUCAGAGACUUUGACACAAUAUCUUAAAACUGGAAGUUGUUAAAGCCACAGUCUGUAAGGUUUUGAGUGCGGAAAAUAAAACUAUUAUAUAUUACCAUAUAUAAUUGAAGAGUUUAUAAAUUGGCUAUUAGUGUUUGUCUGUUAACUGUAAUUGGAAAUGUAAGCCAGUUUUACUAGUGUUUACAAAAAUUUAUGAUAAACUGAAUAAAACGUAUCAGUCAACAUUAACAACUUCAGUUUAGUUGAUUUCUAAGGGGCCGAUCACACAGAUGCAAUGCUACAGGCUGCCACUUUAAAAAGAGCAUUGGGGAAAAAACAGCUGGUGGAGCGAGGCAGCAUGAACAACCAGGCGAUCAAAUAUGAUUAACAGAAAAAAAUUUAAUGAAGUCGAAGUCGAGCUCUAGAUGCUUAAACUCAAGCUUAAUUUCGAAGAGGUGGGUGUCUGCUUCGUCGCUCUCUCACAGUCAAACAGCCAACUAGCUAGCAGGCUAAUUAUUGCGUAAACAGGAACGGAGUGGUAAAGUAGUAAAGCUCUCCUCUUGCUUGGUUUUAUUAGCUGUCUGGGCCAUUGAUGAGUAGCACAACUCCCUGCCUUGCACUGAAAAAUGUAAGAUAUUUUAACUUGUAUGCACAUCUAAAAACCCCUAGAAAACUGUGAUGUGUGGUGCAAGAGAGGAGUGCUCGCCAGGCAAAUAAUGGUUUUGCAGACAGUGUGUUUCUUGGAAUUUGUUCGCCCCUUAGACUAAUUGGAGUUAAUGUUAACUAAAAUGUUGUUGUUGUCUAUUGUAAUCAAUUUGUAGAUCAGCAGUUUCCAGUUCUGUGUUUUGAACCUUGUGUUUACAUUAAGUCAAGAAUUGUUCUUUUGAAGAAGCGAGGAACUCAGCACUCAGUCUCCCCAUCCACAGUUACCUUACCACUCUUUUCCUUCCUAUUUCUUUUGAAAUAAUCAUCCCACCAAAUGGAAUUAGGCAAACGGUGUUUAGACUUCAAAUCUUGGACAUCCAUAUAUGAUCCUGGCAGCAUUUCUAAAACCAUCUUUCCACUGGCAUUUAGUUGUAACCACUACAUCAUAUUAGGUCCCUCUUUAGUAGUUAAUUUUUGCACUUAUUAGUGAAUGUUUAGGUAGCCCGGGACGUCUGACCCAGUGGUUUUUCAUGCCUCUCAGGUUUAUGAAACAUUCCUCUGGCUGCUUGGAUUUACUCCAUGCGUCUGCACUCUUUAGUGUGAACAGCUGACAGCCACAGACAAAGCACUGAGCACUGGAGACAGGGGUUUGGACCUGACACAAGGAUGCCAAGAACUACUGCACAGGGAAGAUAUAUUAAAAGAUCAAGUUAAAACGAUUGAAGGAAAAGCUACAUUUGCUUGAAGAGCUGUAUGUAAGUUAUUGCUGUACAGUAGGUAGAGGGAUUUAAUUUGUCAGGUACUUGAGAUGGGGAAAUUAGAUGCAAUAUUACUGUCAAAGUUUGUCCUCUUCACCCAUCUCUUCUUCCUGUCAGUCUGUACUGAGGGCUGGGUUUUAUGAGGGUGGGGAAGGACUCAGCAGAUAAGCUGUUUUAUAGUACUGCUUAAGGCGACUUCUUCCUGAUCUCAGUGUGAACUCAUAGCAAAGGAUUUUUUGAGCUCUCUUUCUUUAUUUGAGGAAACUAAGAAGAAAGAAAGAAUGAGAAGAAAACCAGACAAAGGGAAGCAGGCACAGGAGCUGAAGGUGGCAUGUCUGCUGUUUGUCUGUUUUGGAAUAAAGCUUGUGAGCAACCAUACAGGAAGGAUCAAGGUGGUCUUCACACCAACUAUCUGCAAAGUAACCUGCAUAGGAGGCAGAUGUCACAACAACUGUGAACUGGGAAACACCACCACCAUCAUCAGUGAAAACGGCCACUCCACAGACACCCUGACAGCACCUAACUUCAGAGUAGUGGUAUGUCACCUGCCGUGUAUAAAUGGGGGCAAGUGCAGUGCCAGGGACAAAUGUCAGUGCCCUCCCAGCUUUACUGGAAAGUUCUGCCAGAUGCCCAUUCAAAAGGGACACCAGCAGCACCAGCCGACAUCAGGAAGCUUUAGCCAAAGUCAGGUCUUCUCCACACAUACACUGCCUCUGACCUACAGCAAUGGCCAGAAUCCUGUGUUCAGCCCCAGCUUCGUCAAUAUCCACAUCAAACAUCCUCCAGAAGCCUCUGUCCAGGUUCACCAGGUGUCUCAGCUGGAUAAUUACCACAACAACGGGCAACGGCUGAAAGGUUCCCAGCCAGGCUCCUCUUCAUCCACCAGCUACAGCUACCACCACACAGAGAGCAGCCAGAAGAUCCAGCACCACGGCUACAACGUUUAUCCCAGCCAGCAUGGCCACCAGGUCCCCCAGUACCAACCCGUCACCUCUAAGAACACACUGGGUCGCUGCUUCCAGGAGACCGCAGGGAGUCAGUGUGGGAAGGCUCUGCCAGGUCUAACUAAGCAGGAGCAGUGCUGUGGGACCAUUGGGACAUCCUGGGGUUUCCACAAAUGCCAGAAAUGUCCAAAGAAACCAUCUAUCCCUCUGAUAGAUUGUCCUUGGGGUUACAAGAGAAUCAACAGCUCUCAUUGUCAAGAUUUAGAUGAAUGCCAGUUACAGGGUGUGUGUCCAAAUGGAAACUGUCUGAACACCGUGGGCAGCUACAGGUGCAUGUGUAAACCCGGCUAUGUCCCUGACCCCACACUCACCACAUGCAUAUCCAACACGCCUGCCAUCCAAGAGGAGAAGGGGGCUUGCUUCCGUUUGGUCAGCUCAGGAAGGCAGUGUUUGCACCCAAUGUCUGCCCAGCUGAGCAAACAGCUCUGCUGCUGCAGUGUGGGCAAAGCCUGGGGCCCUCGUUGUGACAAAUGCCCCCCUCCAGGAACAGCUAAGUUCAAAGAGAUCUGUCCCGGUGGAAUGGGCUACACUGUUAUACCAAAUCCACCUGUCAAUAAGCCAGUCACUGUUUACCAGGAGCCCAUUGACCUGCUACCACCGCAACCCCUGCCAACACCAGAGAGACCAGUGGAAGCUUUUGGGAAACCAGAAGAGAUUUUACCAGUAGCAACAACUGCACCAGAUCAGGAGCUGGUAGUUCCUGGGGUUAGUAAUAGUCCAGUAGUUGAACCUAUCCUGCCCCAGCUAUCUCCGGGUGUAUCCACUGUCAAGAUCGAGGCAGCCUACCCAGAGGUAGUUGAGAGGAGCUCUCCACCUGCACCAGUGGAGAUUCUCCCCUCUAAUGCCGGCCAGGACAUCGCUCCCACCCAGUUAGCAGAGGUGGAUGAGUGCCUGAUCAGCCCUGGUAUUUGUGGCCAGGGGAUUUGUUACAACACAGCUGAGGGAUACACCUGCCACUGUGAUGAGGGAUAUCGCCUAGAUGAUGCCCAGACUACCUGUGUAGAUGGAGAUGAAUGUUUGGAAAGCCCAUCUUUGUGUUUUGGUGGCCGCUGCAAGAACACUGUGGGCAGUUUCCUGUGUGUGUGUCCGCUGGGAUUCCUUGUCGAUGAAGAGGGAACCAGUUGUGUUGAUAUAGAUGAGUGCCAGGAUCAGCGGGUCUGUACCAGAGGCCACUGCCAGAACACUGAGGGCUCCUUUAUCUGUCAUUGUGGAGUAGGCUUUACCGUGUCCCCAGCUGGAGACCAUUGUGAUGAUGUGGAUGAGUGUUUAGAAGAAGCCAGGUCCUGUGAGGCUGUCGGGGAGUGUGUUAACAACAUUGGCUCCUAUACCUGUACCUGCCCCAAGGGAUAUCGACAGAUCAACGGCACUAGCUGCAGAGAUAUUGAUGAGUGUGUGGAUCAGCCAGAGCUCUGUUACCCCAAUGGCGAGUGUCUCAACACAGAGGGAUCCUAUCUGUGUGUGUGUGAGAGUGGAUUCACUGCCAACCUUGACACACCCUCCUGUGAUGAUAUUGAUGAGUGUGGGCUCAAUGAGACACUGUGUGGCCCUCAUGGCUUCUGUGAGAACAGACUGGGCUCCUUCCAAUGCCUCUGUGACCAAGGCUAUCAGGAGUCCCAGGAUGGCCAAGGCUGUGUGGAUGUAAAUGAGUGUGAGCUGCUGAGCAGUGUGUGUGGCGAAGCCCAGUGUGUGAAUGUUGAUGGUACCUUCCUCUGCGAGUGUCCAAGUGGCCAGGACUAUAACAUCAUGAUUGCCAAGUGUGAGCCCGUUCCCACAGUGUCAUCAGUGGAGCGUAAGGAGUGUUACUAUCGCCUGAACGAUGAAAACCUGUGUGAGAGUGUGCUGACCAGCCAUGUCACCCUUCAGGAGUGCUGCUGCACGCUGGGAGCCGGCUGGGGUGACAACUGUGAGGUGUAUCCCUGUCCUGUCAAUGGCACAGACCACUUCAAUCAGAUGUGUCCAUCUGGAAGAGGUUUUAUUCCCAAUGGAGACUUGCUAUAUGGAGUGCCCACAGCUAGCAGCUACAAAGAUGCAGAUGAAUGCACGCUGUUUGGCCAGGAGGUGUGUAAAGGAGGCUUCUGUUUAGACACUGUGGGCAGCUAUGAGUGUUACUGCAAGACUGGACAAGACUACGACCCUACCAAACUGGAGUGCAGAGACAUCAAUGAGUGUCUGGAUGAGUCUGUGUGUGUUGGUGGACAGUGUCGGAACACAGAUGGUUCAUUCAUGUGUUUAUGUACUCAUCCUAUGGUGUUGGACCCCAACAGUAACCGCUGUGUCUUUGUUCCUGAGGUGGCCGGUAAGAAAGGCUUUUUUAAUAUCCCAUGUUUUAACUAAAGACAACCAUUCAGGAGACUGCAUCCUAAAAAAAGUCCCAUCUCCUUCCAUUGCAAAUUCUUCCAAUAUCCAUAUUGUGUUUCAGGUUUGUCAAGUCUUAAUAUUUAACUCCUUAACAUCGCUACCUAACAAGUUCCAACAAUUAAACUCUCAAUAAACCAUUCUUAAUUGAUAAGCUGAGUUUAAACUAAAACAGUCCAUCAAACAACCUGAAAGUAACUUGUAGUGUGUUUAAAAAAGGAUUAAGUUAUAAUGACCUGAAGAGUCACGUGACCGGCUAGACAAGAUGGUGGCUUAGGCUUUUUGCGCUUCCCCUUACCUCCUUGUUUUUAAUUAGUUUAUCCCUUCAAGUCUAUUUUUAUGCUGAUAUUUGUGGCUCUUUUAAUUGCUUGGGACAAAAAUGACUGAAUCUGGGAAAAAGAACAGUGCAGGUGGAGCCUCCACGAAGUCGAACAAAGGAACUCGUGCUACUGAACUGGAUGCUAUUGCAGACACGCUAAUGGAGAGACAACAUGAAUAUCUAGAUCCUUGGUUCGCUCAACUUCACGAAAUGGGUAAAGGCACAGAGGAUAAAUUGAACGUGAUUCAGUCUGAUCUGGCCUCGCUCUCGUGAGUAUUGGUGUGGUGAAAGCAGAUAUUUCGGCUCUGAAGAGCACUGUCAAAGAAAACUUGAUGGCAGUUACUAACCACGAGACGGUGCUGCAUACACUUGAACUCAAACUGGCGCACAUAGAGGACAGGAAUAGACUCUGCAACGUUCGUAUCAUCGGCUUGAAAGAGGGGGUCGAGAGGUCGAACAGCGUGCAAUAUCCAAACCGGGCACUGUCGGAGUGGUUCCCGUCUCUCUAGACUGGGCAGCCAGAGAUAAUGAGGGCCCACCGGAUCUACAAUGGACGCCCUGCCCGAGACAGGCCCCGCACUCUCAUCUUCAACAUCCUCUGCUACACGACGCGGCAGGCUAUUCUCCAAGCUGCGAAGAAGGACCCGGUCACCGUUGACGGCAAGAGAGUGAGAUUUGCCGCUGAUUAUAUUAACCACACAGUCAAGCGCCCACAGGCUUUCACCCAGGCGAUGGACACCGCGCAAGAAAGAGGAGUUGAAUUUUUUCUCCUUUACCCGGCGACCCUGAAAAUCAAAGAUGGGUCGGAUUAUCGUGUUUUCAACAACCCCAGAGAAGCUGAGGAUUUCCUCAACUCCCGACCGCGGGCUCUGGCUAGUGAAGCGGUCAGCCGGCACACCCGGGCCAACACCUCACAGGCGGCCUGAGGACCCAUAACAGCCCCUGAUCGUCGCCCUGAUACAAAACCGCCGCUAAUGGAUGGAAGACUCAUCAACUCAUAAUCUUCCUGGAGUAAAUUAGUCCGUGGAAUGAUUAAGAAUUUUCUUUCUCUUCCACACCGAAUUAUUGUUUCUGACUUUAAGCGCCUGCUCGAGUUGUGGGCGUUAUAAUGAAUGCUGAAACAAGGUAACAUGCACAUAACACUUUACUGCCUUUUUUUUUUAUAUUAAAGUGACUGUUUAGUCUCAGGUCUGGGUAUCUUACUGUGUUAUAGCUUCCUCCACAUCUGGUACAAAGACCAAGGGUGUGGCUAUCAUAGCCAGACGUAGCUUUAGAAUUAAAAUCCAAGACAUGUGGUCUGAUAAAGAGGGCAGGCUGACAAUUGUUGAGACAGAAAUUAGUAACAGGGAAAUAGCCUUCACAUCGGUCUAUGCACCAAACUGUUUUGAUAGAAUUUUUUACGACAAUUUGACAAAUAGUAUGCUGGAGCUGAGUGGUAUUCGUUCAUUGUGGGGGGAGACUUUAACAAGGUUUGGAGGGCAGCUAAUGACAGGACAGGCAAAUUUGAGACAAGGGAUCAGAAACUGGCGUCCACAGCUUUACAGGCUUGGGCUAACAGCCUGGGUUUCACAGAUUUGUGAUGAUCGAUGAAUCCAUCAUCAGUGACUACUCCUUUUUCUCUGCUCGACACAAAUCUUGUUCAAGAAUCGACUACAUAUUUGCAUCCCCUAAACUCUUUCAAAAUAUUCACAAUGUAUCUCUGCUUCCCAUAGCCCUCUCCGAACAUAAAGGUGUGUUUUGCCCAGCGAUGCUCAACAGCGCUUCCCCUGGCCGGUCAAAAAAGAUAUUAACAUCAUCCUCAGACGCUAGUCAGAGUUUUUAAUCCACAGGACCAGGCGACUGUAUUAUUUGCAUGGGUCAAGGCCCAGCCACCUGUUGGCGAUGAAGAUUAGGUCAAAUGAGCAGUUCUCAGAUAUCUCUUAAGUAAAAUUACAGUCAGGAUCUGUCACCCCUGACCCGACGCAGAUCAACAACACUUUUCGUAGUUUUACUCUGACCUGUAGAAAUCAAACAUAACUUCUCGACAAAGACAAAUUUGACAAGUUUUUGGCUCGAUUGAAGUUACCUCGCCUUGCAGUGGAGGAGGCGAAUGAUUUAGCAAAACCGAUUUCUCUUGAAGAACUUAAAAAGGCUGUGCUCAGUAUGCAAAGGGUAAAAUCACCCGGGUUUGACGGCAUACCACCAGAAUUUUACGCAGCCUUUUGGGACCUCCUUGGCCCGUUGCUUCUCAGUAUGAUCCACUUUUCAAUAGAGAAAGGUGCUUUCUCUAGGGAUGUCAAUAUAGUUAUAAUAACCUUACUACUGAAGAAAGAUAAAACCCCAACAGAAUUUGGUAAUUAUAGGCCCCUUAGUCUGUUGAACACCAAUGUUAAAAUAUAUGCCAAGGCAAUCUCCCGCCACCUACAACCUCAUGUAUCAUCACUAGUUCACUGUGACCAGACCGGCUUUGUGAAAUCGUGUCUGGCUGCUCCAUGUAAUUGAAGCAGCAACAGACAUCAAAACCCCAGCAGCUGUUUUUAUCCCUGGACAUGAUGGAGUGUUCGACCGCCUUGAGUGGUCUUUUUUGUGGUCGGUUUUGGAGGCGAUGGGUUUUGGAGAAGGCUUUAUAAAAAUGAUACAGUUGUUAUAUUCAAACCACUCUGCAAUGGUUCUUACAGGUAACAUUUGUUCCACUCUGUUCCCAGUAUCUAGAUCAUCUCUUCCACUGUGCAGCGCAGGAGAUUAGAUGGGGGACUAGCGGUGCCCAACUUUAAACUUUACCACUGGUCCUUCACUCUUAGACCCCUUGUCACAUGGUUUGACUCCCAGAUGGCAGUUUCUUGGCGUAAAAUGGAAGAAAGAAUGGUGCACCCGUGGUCUUUGGCAGACGUUUUAUUUGCAAAUAUCUCUGUAAGUCAGAGUCAAUUACAUUAUGGCCCCACUGUGACCCAUCUGAUCCAGGUUUGGCGCUCAGUGGAAAGGAUUUGUGAUAUAUCUUGCAGAUGGCACCUGCAAUCUCAAAUUUUUAAUGAUAAAGGUUUACUGAUCGGGGGGAGACCUGUCACCUACUCUCAGUGGGAAAAGGGAGGGAUACAGUUUUUGGGUGAUAUUUUCGGCUUGGAAACAGUUGUGUGACUUUUUACAAAACAAUAGUUUAUUUGAGGAUCUUCAGUCAGGAUUUAGAGUCCAUCAUAGCACAGAGACAGCUCUGGUUAAAGUUAAUAAUGAUCUUCUGAUUGCUUCUGACAAUGGACUUGUCUCUGUACUUGUAUUAUUAGAUCUUAGUGCUGCAUUUGACACCAUUGACCAUAAUAUUCUUUUACAGAGACUUGAGCAUCAAAUUGGCAUUAAAGGAACCACACUAAGCUGGCUCAAGUCAUAUUUAUCAGAUCGUUCGCAGUUUGUACAUGUUAACGAUGAAUCUUCAAUAAAUACUACAGUUAGUCAUGGAGUUCCACAAGGUUCUGUACUUGGACCAAUACUAUUUACUUUAUAUAUGCUCCCCUUAGGCAACAUUAUAAGGAAUCACUCCAUUAACUUUCACUGUUAUGCAGAUGAUACGCAGUUAUAUCUAUCGAUCAAACCCAAUGAAAUUAAUCAAUUAUCUAAAUUACAAACAUGUCUUACGGACAUAAAAUCCUGGAUGAGCUGCAAUUUUUCUGAUGUUAAAAAACGAACUUCUUGUUCUUGGCCCCAAAAACCUUAGAGACUCACUGUCUAAAGAUAUAGUUACUCUAGAUGGCAUUACAUUGGCCUCUAGCAACACUGUCAGGAAUCUUGGAGUUAUCUUUGAUCAGGAUUUGUCUUUUAACUCCCACAUGAAGCAGACCUCUAGGACUGCCUUCUUUCAUUUACGUAAUAUUACAAAAAUUAGACACAUCCUAUCACAGACAGAUGCAGAAAAAGUAAUCCAUGCAUUUGUUACUUCAAGGCUGGAUUACUGCAACUCUUUAUUAUCAGGUUGCCCCAAUAAGUCCAUUAAAACGCUCCAAUUAAUUCAGAACGCUGCAGCACGAGUACUGACAGGAACUAGAAAAAGAGAUCACAUCUCUCCUGUACUAGCUUCUCUGCAAUGGCUCCCUGUAAAAUGUAGAAUAGAAUUUAAAAUCCUCCUCC